GUUUCUCUGCGACCUGAUUGGCUGGUCCGGCCCGCUGGCUGAGCGGGUGUGGAGGUGCUUUAUAAUAAACUGCAUCAGUUUGUUGUCAGCUUGUAACCGUUCAGACACACAGCAGCCCGGUGGUGUUUUAUUUCACUGCUUCAACAUGUCCUCAGACAUUAACACAGACUUGGAGCUCGAGCUGGGCGAGUUGCUGCAGGAGUUCCAGGAUGUGGUGGAGGAACUGAAGGCCCCUUCUCAAAGCAGACCUCAUGCGUACCAACACGUUCUGCACGAGGCCAAAAGUCGCACAGGGCUGGGGGACGACAGUGGAGUGGAGGACUCUGAUUACAGCAGUGAAGCCUCUUUGGGAAACAGUUUGAACACCAGCGAGGAGGAGCUUCACACAGCAGGCAUAACGCUGGCACCGAAAGCAAAGCUGGGGGACACGAGGGAACUUGAGAGUUUUAUCAACAUGUUGGACAAGGAACUUGCAGAAAUGUGAACUGGGAGCCACGUAGACGGGGGGAGAAAGAGGCCGGGGGCGACAUGGCCGGCUACUGCCGAGCAGACAGGCAGAUCUACACCAGAGCAGAUCUGAGGGAGCAAAAUGCUCCCCUGGCUGCUCCGGGGGAAAAGGUUAACAUCAGAAAUUAAAAGGGCACUCUAUUCCAAAAUGCAAGAACACCCUCAGACCCCAUGGCGACGCCGCAUCCAGCCAGCAAGACGAUGUCCCCGCAGCAUCAGAUCCAAGAUGUGUGACAUAUUCCUGAACCUAGACAAAGCUGCCAUCUGUCCAGGAAGAGAAAAACGCUGCUGAAAGUAUAGGAAGCAUAUUUCUUGCCACAUUUAAAAUUCCCACAAGUAUUAUUCCAGUAAAGGGCCCUAAAUCCUUAGUGCCAUAUUUUUCGAUAAAGGGGGCUGAUCUUUGUUUAGUUCAAAAUUACUAAUGGCACUUUAGUUUUAAAAAAAGUCCAAGGGGUUCAGCUCUGCUGUGUAAUAUCAAAUGUCAUUUAUGUGACGACAUUUCGAGUGUACAGUUCUUGUUAAUAUUCUUUUUUUAAAUAUGAAUUGUUGUACAGAUGAAUGCACAUAUAAAUAAAGCAACAUUUUGAUUGAA